UAUACCUCGAAGACGGUGCUCAUGAAUCGUCGAUCCUUUCCACUACGCUUUGGUGCCUUCCAGCCUCGUCUCAAGAACAACUGAGGAGCAGUUGGGCGAUCGGAAGAGUUUUGGGGGGGGGGGGGUUGUGCAUCUCUUUCCGCCAGGCCGACAUGCCCGAUUCCUUCGCCCUGAGGAAACGCUUAGCUGCCGCCGCCGCCCGCUGCCGCUCUCGAGCAGUCGAAGCCAAGUCCCAGCUGCUACUUCCGGAGCGCCGCGCUGCGUGGCUUAACAGGCUCAACAGUCUCAUCUUCGUCCUCUUCUUCCGCCUCACCUGCAUCCUCCUCCCCAACCGCUAAUUCCCACGCCAUGGUCCUCAGCUCCAAACUGGCUACCUCUGACGCCGGCCUGGACUGGUCUCAGGAGCUGCUUGAUAAGGGAGGACUGCUGCAGGUCCCGCAACCCAUGAGCCAAGCUAGGAACAACCAGCAGCAGAAGCAGCACUGGCCGCCGUUGAAGUGCCCGAGGUGUGACUCCACGAACACCAAGUUCUGCUACUACAACAAUUACAGCCGGACCCAGCCCCGGCACUUCUGCAAAGCAUGUAGAAGGCACUGGACCGAAGGGGGAACUCUCCGCAACGUUCCCGUCGGCGGAGGUCGCAAGAACAAGCGGUCCAAGGCUACGCCUGCCGCCACCAACACCACAUCUACCACUGCCCCCGGUGCUGCUGUUAACGUGAACAGUAAUAACAAUACUCCAGUUCCUUUGGCGCAGCCACAGCAGCAGCAGAAGGUUCCCUUGCUGUUUGGCGGAGACCACAGCAGCAACAUCUUCCCUGAGAUUCUCCGUCAGGUUCUGCUUCGACAACCGCCCCCACCUCUGCCGCAGCUGCAGCUGGCACCGUCUGAUUACAGCUUUUCUAGCCCGUUCUCGUCCGAUCCUCACUCUAAACCUACUCUUGCGAAUUCAAGUGAUGGCAAUAACAACACGCCAUUCCCCAUCUCCUCCUCCUACUCCUACCCUUUAGCAUCCGUGUCCGAGGAGUGCCUCGCCACCAUCAAUCCUUGCUCCACUGCGAGCGCAUGGCAAGUGGGGCAGGUGACAGCAGCUUUGCCAAGGAGCAUCGGUGGCAUGGACCAUUCCUCGACCGACUAUUGGAGUGGUUGGGAUGAUGAAAUGGCCGGUUUUUCGUAGCGACCUUUUACUUUAUAUAUUCGACCAAGUGUUCCAUUAACUAUGUUGUUCGAAUGGUGCUAUCUUCAGCUGUUACAUAUGUCUACUAUAGAUUAUUACCUAUUGAGGUCCGCUUGCUACUUUUUCUUCUAUUUGCACUUGUCAUUCGAGGCUGUGAGCCAUCUGUGUGUUUUGUAUCUGCUGUUCCUGUAAAAUACAUAUACAUAAAAGAAGGGUCCGGAUGAACUGUGACUUGUCUUUU